UCGACCACGAGCGAGAGUUGAAAUGCGCAAUCAGCAACCAGCAGGGUACGAUAAAAUCCCGAAACAAUAAUUGAAGCCAUUGCUAAAACCUAUCAAACUCGCUUAUCAUAUCGAUGAUGUGACUGGAGACUGUCGCGAAAGCCAUCGUCGUAGACACAAUUUACAAGCGUCUCUCCGGCUAUCAGGGACAAAGUGAAAUAAACCCACCAACAGUUUCACCAGGCCGUCAUUCGAAGUGGCUGAUUGUUUCAAAAUAGUAACGCGAACGUAAUUAAUUGGCAAACUUCGAAAUAGACAGAGGAGAAAUCACGCGUAAAGGUGGAGCCAAUGAACGGCGAAUAAAUAGAACUUGGUGUUUAGUAUCAAUGUGAUAAAAGAUCUGAUAAGCAACAUAACUAUAAAUCAAUACGCGCACACGUAAAGUUUUGGAACGCAGAUCGCAAGUUUGAUUGGAACACGAAUUUAGUUACAUAGUGACUAAACAGUGGAAAACAAACACAUUUUAUUUGGUGCUUCCGUUUUUUUACUGAGCUGAAUCCGAAAAAAUAGUGCUAAAUGUGGUGGGUUUUCCAUGUGCUAUGGUUAAUUCUAGUGAUAGGACUGUUUUUCCUCAUAUUGCGUCGAAUAUACCACUUUGGCAUGCAAGGCACGGAACAGCAGUAUGAAACCAGAACUUCACAGGACAUUCGUAGUAAUCAACAGUACUACAUAUUCACUAUAUACGAGUCACAACAGAAUGCCAGAAAUCAACAAGGAACGGAUCCACCCCCACCCAAUUAUGAAGCUCCCCCGCCACCUCCCAAAUACGAUGACGUGAUAAAAUCACCGGACUUGUACCAGAAGCCACCGUCGUACAAUCAAGUACAAUAAUUUAUUUCCUUACUUAAAUAUUCUUAACCAUUAGACGCUACCAUUACUACUAAGUAGAAUAAAAUUUGUUAUGAGUUGUUGCACUUACCGCCA